ACGUCGUUAUCACGUGAUCUUGAAACUACAUUUAUGCGAUACCUCAACUACACGUUUUUUGUAAAACAAGGCUGCAAACGCCACGCGGUGGGGGGUGCUGGACUUCACGUAUAAAAAAAAUAAAACAACAUAGUAUUUAGCUUCUUUGUCACACAUUGAUCACUUCUAGAGGUUCGAACGACAAAAAUAAAGAGGAUGGCAGACGUGGAGAUCGAGAUUGCGGGUGACAUGCAAAUACCCCAACAAAAGCAAAAAUCUGGCAGCGGGCUUGAAUUUCUACAGAUACCACAACUUCCACUUAGUCAUAUAGGGUACCCACAAGCUCAUGAAUGGAUCGAACAUCGAAAAGCUAAUGUCAGACCAUGGUCCUUGUUUCUUAAUACAAGCAACUUUAAACCAUCACCCAGUUUCCCAAGAUUGAGUAAAAGAAUUGUCAGGAAUAUCGAAUAUUUUCAGAGCAAUUAUUUAUUUGUAUUCAUUGGACUAGUUAUAUAUUGUUUGAUUACGUCACCGCUUUUGCUGAUUGCUGUUACAGCAUCUCUUGGAACAUGUUACAAAGUUUCACAACGCCAUGCUAAACAGGAACUUAUGAUAUUGAAUCAUAAAUUAACAUUAGCUCAAGUAUAUACCUUGGUUGGUGUUUGUUCGUUGCCAAUAUUUUAUUUAGUAGGUGCUGGUGCAGCACUCUUCUGGGUUCUUGGAGUAUCUUGGUUUUUAAUAACUCUGCAUGCAACAUUCUAUAAUAUUGAUUCUGUACUAUGCCCGGGAGAAGAUGAACUAAAUUCUUUAGUUAUGCAAGAAGUAUGAUCUUGUAUAAUAGUUGUACAUAAGAAAAAAUGUAUGAUUUAAUCCUUAAACAAAAUAUGAAAAUAAAUACAAAAAUUGCGAUUGAAGACUUAUAUAUCUAUAAAUAUUGUAAAAUAUUUUAGAGUUAGAUAAAUUCUCGAAUCAUUGAAACAUUUGUAAGAUAUAAUUUUUAUAAAGAAUCCAUGUAU